UGUGCAUCCGAAGACGGCGAGUUGCUAUUUCUAGUAACUUCAAAUCGCAUUAUAUCUCGGUUCACUCUGCCUGAUCUGCAGGAGCAAGACGAGCCUCUGGGAUACCGGGGGAACCAUAGAGGUGAUAUCAAGUUUGUUGUGUCCUCUGAUGGGACGGAAUUGGCCAGCAUUCUUGCGGAUCCAACGGGUGUCAGGAUCAAGAUUUGGAGUCUCGACAAUUCGAAUGGGCGCGAGUAUCGGGCAGUAUGACAAAAGUAUUUGGCCGAUUCAUGGAUCCAACUUCAGGCCCGAUCAGCCGGAGGCUGAACAGCAAGCCACUCCAAUUCAGAAGCAAACGUUGGACUAUGAAAUAUGUACUUGGUUCUCCGAUAUCCUUAGUACAGGGACCCCGAGAAGGAUGAAGUGGUCGGAGGGUGCAUCCACAUACUUUAGUCCAUAUGGGCACUACCUUCUCAUCUCCUGGGAUUCGUGUCUUGAAGGAAACCUCAACUCCGACAUACGAGUAUGGACAGAGCCAGAUCUUGACAAAACCAGCUAUCCCAGGUGGAAGUGCGUGGACAUUGUGGGCCCUCCGGAAUUCGCUUUAGAGGCCGCAAAGAUCCUGGUCAACCUUGUCCCGGGAAGGCCUUGAGAUAUGCGACAUAUACUGUAUCCUUCUGGAUCUCGAGGAGGGCAAGU